CCCGCAUGCAGUCGCUCUCCCCCGCCGGCUCCCCCGCCCAGCCCGCAGCCCCGAGUCGCACCACGGCCAAGCGGCGCCUGUCGGACGCGCCCGCCUUUGGCGACUACGACCACGGGUACGACCACGACGACCACGACGACGGCGACGACGACCAGGGCGAGCUCCCUGCUGCCCGCUCCAAGCGGUCGCGGCCCGGGCAGUUGAAUGGCGGCGCACUUGGAGCCGACAUGAUCGUCCACGGCGCACAGCACCCACCGGCCCAGUCGCACAAGGCCCUCUCGCCCGCCGAGAAGGAGCAGCGCAGGGUCGCCCGCAUGAUCCGCAACCGCAACGCCGCGCAGGCCUCGCGCGACCGCAAGAAGGAGCACACGGCCUUCCUCGAACGGCGCUGCUUCGAGCUCGAGAACCUGUUGCGCCUCAACGGCGUCGCCGUCCCCCAGACGUUCGCUGCACCGCCCCCGAUCGUCGCCCCGGCCACCUCGGGCUCGUCGUCGUCGGCAUCGUCGGCGUCGCACCAACAGCACGUCAAGGGCGCGCCGCCGAGGUCGCAACGCGCGUUCAGCGUCCUGUCGGACGACAACCAGGGCCGCAUCGCCGACCUCGAGGACGACGAUGACCAGCUGCGCGCCCAGCUCGACCACGAGCAGCGCGAGACGGCCCAGCUCCGCGCCCGUCUCGACGACGCCGACGCCAAGCUCGCCCGCCUCGCCCACUUUGCGCCCGACGCCCCCUUCUCGUCCCCCUUCUCCGGCACGACGACCCCGCUCCCCGUCGGCUUCGAGCCCACGUUCGCGUUCGACACGCCCAACCUGUGCCCGCUCCCGCAACCCGAGGAGCGCGCCUACGUCGAGGAGCGAGAGCGGCAGCGCCGCCUCGCGUCGGCCGGCCCGACCUCGACCUCGACCACGAGCACCCCCAAGACGACCUCGACCACCCUCCGCCGCACCUCGGUGUCCCCCUCCUCCACCUCCCCCUCCUCCUCCUCGACGACGACCGCCGGCGCCCCGAAAGCGGAAGCUGUCCCUGACCCUGUGUCGUCGGGCCCCUCGAUCCCUUCUCCCGGCGUCACCUCGGCCUCGGCCGCAACCUCGUCCUCUUCUUCGUCGUCGUCGUCGUCGUACGCCGUGUCGCUCGUCGACGGCGACAUCGCCUCGACGCCGCCGGCCAACGAGUCGUACCUCGAGCUCGACGACCGCGUCGACGUGUCGCCCGUCUGGUCCGACUGGGCCAAGGGCGCCAAGCUCCCGCCGCUCCCGCCUCUCGACGGCGGCGCCAACGGCCUCGAGCUGUGCGACGACGGCGCCGACGAGCUCAUGAAGCCCGUCUUCCACCACGACGGCGCCGAGGAGUCGGCCUUGGCGUUCCUCGACCUGAGCUUCCUCCAGGACGGCCCGGUCACGGCGUCGUGCUGA